UGUUCCUCUAAAUAUAACUUUCCCCAGCUGGAAAUCCGGACAAGAAUAGCAGCAUCAGCGAUGGUGCGGGCGCUUAAGUACGGCAAGUGCAGCAGCUAAAUUAGUGUAGCCGGCGGCGUCAUCUCCUCCCUUGCCCCCAUGCCCCAACCCUACAGUACAAGCCGCAAUUGGCAGUUCAAUGAAUGAAUGCCCCGACUGGACUGGCAAGAUCGCAAGACGGGUAACCCUGCGUUGAGCGCGCAUUGGAAUGACAGCCCUUGGUUGGCGUCGACUCUCGACCAUUCUCGACAUUUCCCAGGCACUGGACUCCCUCGACUCUCCACCAGUCAGUUGGUCCUUCACGCGUGCCAGGAUCGUGGCGUCGACGCGCUGACCUGCCAACCCUUGAUUCCUGCAUCUCGUGGCUGCUCCAAUCACUGCCGCAUCUCAGGCUGGCGCGCGCCAAAUCCCCGACGAUCGGCCCUGCGUGAGCCAUGCAGCCCAUGCAGCCCCCUGCAGCCCGUGACCACUCACUGGGGGUUUGUAGCAUGUUGCAGCAGCAAAGAGAAACAGUUUGGAGUCAGUCUGCCCCUCAUGCAUACUCUGCGCGUCUCCGUCCUUGCAGCACCAGCCUUUUUUUGUGUGUUGCGCGCAGGCGCCCUCCUAACUAGGGCUUUGUCACUUAUAUCAAGCUCUCUUCGCUGGCUGGUGGUACACUCUCUUCAUCAAUAUCAUCAAUAUCGUCAACAGUUCCAUUCCUUUCUUUCCUAACGGGGUUCCACCACUACCAGCUUAAUCGGCCUCCUCGUCUCAGAACGGUCUCUCUCUCUCCCUCUCUCUCUUUUUUUUACACCUCUCUGGCCCGACUUCCGGCAUCCACUCCGUGUCUCAAAUCCCGUCUCACGGCAUCCCCAUAGCGAUCGCAUCCCCG